AAAACUUUGAUGUGCAUGACUGUACGGUCAUUCUUUUACUUCCCUUCUGACUCUGAGGGGUUGUGGUCUGCAUUAAGAAAGCCACUUCCUCCAGCUCCACUCUCUAGUGUAUCUGUUCAGUUGACAUCUAAUUAUAUGCAGCGCUGAGGGAGUAAAGCAUGUUUAUUUCAUCACACGAGGAAUAAAACAGCUGUCACAGUGACUACUACAAUGUUGCAUCUGGGUCCCUGCAUCUUCGCUUUUCUUCUGACUUGUGGAGAUUCUACUGAUAUAUUUGAUAAAAAUAUUCAAACAAUCAACAGAACUGCUUCUCAGGGAGAAACUGUUGUUUUUCACUGUAAUAAGAGUGAAAAUAAAAAAGAUAAAGGAGCCGAUGUCGGGUGGCGUAAGGAGGAGAUUGUACUUUUUAACUACAGUCCUGUUAUUAACCAAACUGUGACAAACUACACAUCAAGCAGAAUGUAUGUUGAUCCCAACAACCCACGGAAACUACAGAUAUCUGAUGUACAGCCUUCAGACACAGGAACCUAUAUAUGUUUCCCUUACCAAGUACAAGUACAAUGGAUACUGACCAUAGAAGUCACAGAGAGUGAACCAGAGCGGCACAGAGAAAUGUUUCUCUACGUCGUCCCCUCAGUAAUAGGAGCUGCUGCAGUGUGCUUUAUUAUCAUCUGCGCUGCGUGGAUGCACAGGAAACGGAAAACGAAGAACAAGGAAACAGUGGAUGCGCUUCAAACACAAGGAAGAAGAACGGCUCAUGCUCAGAACAGCCGGUAUUCUGAGAGGUUUAACUCUUUAUAUGGAGAGAUGAAAUGAAGAUUUCUCUGGAAUCUUACUGUGGGAUACAGUGGGAUACAUCAAAGUAAGAGCAAGAGGACAUUGCUCAGCCUUUUCCUGGACUAAUCUACAGAUUAUACAAGACAAGAUAAAGACUUCAGCAUCUAUUCAGGAUGUUCAGUUAUGAUUCAGUGCAGUUCACUUUGUGAUGCUCCGAAGACGGCAACAGAUUUUGAAAAACAGAAAUCAAAACAUGGGGUUGGAUAGAACAGUCAAUAAUAUGACUGAAUAAUGGUUUAGAUUAUAUUAUGCAUAAUCAUAUGUACCAAAAAAUAAUAGUUCUUCAAGGGGUCCUUAGUAAAGAAAAUGGCUUUGUAAAGAGCCAUGAGCACUCAAAGAACAUUUUGCAUGAUCAGUGUUCAAAGUACUUUGUCAUGUGUUUGGUGAUGUUCUCUUUAAGGUGCAUUUCUGUUUACUAGCAAGAAAACAGACUGUAGACAUCUGUAGACAUAUUGGUCAAUAUAUUUUAUGUAAUAUUAUACAAUAUGUCAGUCAUAGUCAGGGGUCAUUUCAUAUGAUUUCUCUGUCUAUUUUAAUUUAAUUGAACUUUGUAUAAUAUGUAUCACACACUAUACUUUCUAAAAAUAAAACAUGAAAUAAAGUCAAAAUGUAUGAACUUUUUAAAACAACCUUUAACACAUCACAUCACUUUUGGUUAAUUGAUGCUUUUUUUCAUGUACUGUCAGAGUUAUUCGUAGCCUCCUAAGUGCCAAACUGAGGAUAA